AUGGCCCACGACAAGAGCGAUGAGCAGCCCGCUGCCUCGCUCGCCGACCCCAUCACACAGGUCAAUGCCCCAGUAUCUCCAGAACCUGCAUCCCCAGCACCGGGCUCGCCUUCUUCCUCAGCUUCAGACCAGGUCGAUGACGACAGCAUCGAUCAGGAUGCCGAAGCUCGCAAGCGUGCCGAGCCCGUAGAGAAACAAGCAGCUCGCGAGGAGAUGUUCCGGACCCAGAGCUACGCAACCGACACCAGCGCCCUCACCCGCACAACCACCCGCCAGCUCAACGUCCACCCGGGCUCAGACAAGCCAUGGUACAAGACGCCAAACCCCUUGCGCUGGGGCAAGGUGCCUCCGAUCCCCGACGAGCGUCAGGUCAGCAGGGAGUACACGGCCGGCUUCUGGAGCAAGUUGACUUUCCAGUGGAUGGCACCAAUCAUGAACGUGGGCUACAAGCGGCCUCUCACACAGGAUGACCUGUGGACAGUCAAUCCGGACCGCAAGGCAGAGCUCAUGACCGAGCGCACCCGCAAAGCCUUUGAGAAGCAUGUCGCCGCCGGCGACAAGUACCCUCUCCUCUGGGCUCUCCACGAGUCGUUCUUCUGGGAGUUUUGGUUCGGUGGUUUGUGCCAGCUCGUCUCGUCCAUCUUCCAGGUCGUCUCGCCCUUCACGUUGCGAUUUCUCAUUCAGUUCGCCACCCAGGCUUGGAAUGCAGCUCAGACGGGUUCGCCUCCGCCUGCCAUUGGUCCUGGCAUCGGUCUUGCCUUUGGUGUCACCCUCAUGCAGAUCUGUCAGAGUCUCGGUAUCAACCACUUCAUCUACCACGGCAUGAUGAUUGGUGGUCAGGUGCGUGCUGUACUCAUCAGCAUGGUCUUUGAGAAGUCCAUGGUCAUCUCGGGCCGAGCCAGGGCCGGUGGCAAGGCGCUCACGGAAGCAGAAAGCGCCGAGGACAAGGACGAAAAGGGCAAGAGCACAACUGCUCCCGCGAGCAAAGCAUCCAAAGGCAAGGCUGAGACGGGCAAGAAGGGCGUGAUCGGGGAAGGCCAAGGCUGGGGUAAUGGCCGCGUGGUCAACCUGAUGAGCGUGGAUACGUAUCGUGUCGACCAGGCCUCGGCCCUCUUCCACAUGAUCUGGACGUCUCCUAUUCAGUGCAUCAUCACUCUCGCUCUUCUGCUUGUCAACUUGUCGUAUAGCGCGCUUGCCGGUUUCGCCCUGCUCGUGCUCGGUGUUCCCGCUCUGACACAGGCCAUCAAGAGCCUGUUCCGCCGCCGAGCACGGAUCAACAAAAUCACGGAUCAGCGUGUUGGCCUCACACAGGAGAUUCUGCAGUCUGUCAGAUUCGUCAAGUAUUUCGGCUGGGAGACCGCGUUCAUGGAGCGCCUGAACACGAUCCGCAACAGCGAGAUCCGGGCGAUUCAGGUCCUUCUCGCCAUUCGAAACGCCAUCAACGCCGUGUCCAUGUCUCUGCCCAUCUACGCGUCCAUGUUGACUUUCGUCACAUACUCGAAGACUAACAACGCUCUUGCCCCCGCUCAAGUCUUUUCAUCUCUAGCCUUGUUUAACGGACUUCGUAUGCCACUCAACCUGCUUCCCCUGGUUAUUGGCCAGGUGACAGAUGCCUGGCAAUCCAUUCAGCGUAUCCAGGAAUUCCUCCUCGCCGAGGAACUAGGAGAUGUUGCAGUUCACGACCCCGGGAACUCUCAUGCCGUCGAGCUCAAUAACGCCAGCUUCACCUGGGAACGAGCCACGACUCAGGACCCCACAGCUUCACCGGUGCCUGUUGGCAGUGAUAAAAAUGCUGCGGCGGCAGGCAAAGGGCCCAAGGCCGGGAAGGCUGCUAACAACGCCAAACCGUUGAAGGGGCCCAGCACGGCAGACGAAAGCGAUACUGCUAGCACGCUGGUGGAAGAGCGCGAGCCCUUCAAGAUUCAGGACCUGAACCUUGCCGUUGGACGCAAGGAGUUGAUUGCGGUGAUUGGCAGCGUCGGCAGUGGAAAGACCUCGCUUCUUGCCGCACUCGCAGGUGACAUGCGCAAGACUGAGGGAGAGAUUGUCUUGGGAGCGUCUCGGGCCUUUUGCCCCCAAUACGCCUGGAUUCAGAACGCCACACUUCGGGAGAACAUCCUUUUCGGAAAGGACAUGGAUCGGGCAUGGUACAAAGAAGUCAUCAAGGCCUGCGCUUUGCAACAAGAUCUCGACAUGCUCCCCAAUGGGGAUGCUACCGAGAUCGGCGAAAGAGGCAUCACCAUUUCUGGUGGCCAGAAGCAACGCCUGAACAUUGCCCGAGCCAUCUACUUCGAUGCCGAUAUUGUCCUCAUGGACGACCCGCUCAGUGCUGUGGAUGCCCAUGUUGGGCGUCACAUCUUUGACAACGCUAUUCUGGGACUGCUCAAGGACAAGUGUCGCAUUCUCGCGACACACCAGCUUUGGGUUCUGAAUCGCGUCGACAGGAUCGUCUGGAUGGAGGGCGGCAAGAUCCAGGCCGUGGAUACCUUUGACAACCUUAGGGCAAACCAUGCUGGCUUCCGACAGCUCAUGGAAUCGACUGCUGUCGAGAAGGAGGAGGAGAAAGAGGAUGCUGCCGUGGAGAAACCCCAGAGUGACGACAAGCCCAAGGCCAAGAAGAAGCGCACCCCUGGCCUUAUGCAGGCCGAGGAACGUGCAGUCGCAAGUGUUCCAUGGUCGACUUACAGAGCCUAUGUCCGGGCGUCUGGUACUCUGCUCAACGCUCCCAUGACCCUCCUGGUCCUCAUUCUCUCCCAAGGCGCCAACAUUGUCACAAGUCUGUGGCUCUCAUACUGGACCUCGAACAAGUUUGGGUUCGAGGAAAACAUUUACAUUGCAGGCUACGUCGCGCUCGGCACGAUCCAGUGCUUACUGAUGUUCUGCUUCUCAAUCUACCUCACCAUGCUUGGCACAAGAGCGAGCAGGACACUUCUCGGCAAGGCUGUGCAAAGGACGCUGCGGGCACCAAUGUCGUUCUUCGAUACCACACCACUUGGGCGUAUCACGAACCGCUUCUCGAGGGACGUUGAUGUCAUGGACAACAACCUGACGGAUGCCAUGCGCAUGUACUUCUUUACGCUGGCCAUGAUCAUUUCCGUCUUUGCACUCAUCAUCGCCUUCUUCCACUGGUUCACUGUGGCGCUAGUUCCCUUGGUGAUCAUCUUCCUUCUGGCUUCAUCCUACUACCGGUCCUCCGCUCGCGAAGUGAAGCGCUUCGAGUCCGUCCUUAGAUCCGUUGUCUUUGCCAAGUUUGCCGAGGGUCUCAAUGGAGUUGCCUCUAUUCGAGCGUACGGUCUGAAGGACAAGUUUGUGGAUGAUCUUCGGGUCGCCAUUGACGAGAUGAACGCUGCAUACUACUUGACAUUCAGCAACCAACGCUGGCUGUCGAUGCGCCUCGAUCUGAUUGGUAACCUUCUUGUCUUCACCACGGCGAUUCUUGUCGUAAACUCGAGAUUCAGCGUCGAUCCUUCUAUCGGUGGUCUGGUGCUGAGUUACAUCUUGGCCAUUGUGCAGAUGAUCCAAUUCACGGUGCGGCAGCUGGCUGAAGUCGAGAACGGCAUGAACGCUGUCGAGCGCAUCCUCUACUAUGGCAAUUCGCUGGAGGAGGAGGCACCUGAGCACACUGUCGAGGUCCGGCCCUCGUGGCCCGAGAAGGGUGAGAUUGUCUUUGACAAUGUCGAAAUGCGGUACCGAGCUGGACUCCCCCUGGUCCUGCAGGGCUUGACGAUGCACAUCAAGGGCGGCGAGCGCAUUGGUAUCGUUGGUCGCACGGGUGCUGGCAAGAGCUCCAUCAUGUCGACAUUGUUUCGACUGGUUGAGAUCUCGGGAGGCCACAUCACCAUCGACGGACUCGACAUCUCCACUCUUGGUCUCCACGACCUGCGAUCCCGCCUGGCCAUUAUCCCGCAGGACCCUACGCUAUUCCGCGGCACUGUUCGCAGCAACCUCGAUCCGUUCAACGAGCACACAGACCUCGCGCUGUGGUCAGCCCUCCGCCAGUCCGACUUAGUCCCCGCGGACGCCAACAUCGACGACAAGGACCCAUCCAGGAUUCACCUGGACAGCCAAGUCGAGGAAGACGGGCUCAACUUCUCCCUUGGCCAGCGACAAAUGAUGGCUCUGGCUCGCGCGCUCGUGCGUGGAAGCCAGAUCAUCAUCUGCGACGAGGCGACCUCAUCAGUGGACAUGGAGACGGAUGAAAAGAUCCAGGCCACCAUGGCGACUGGAUUCCGAGGCAAGACACUGCUGUGCAUCGCCCACCGGCUCCGCACGAUCAUCGGGUACGACCGGAUCUGCGUGAUGGACGCCGGGCAGAUUGCCGAAAUGGACGAGCCAAUCAACCUGUGGAAGCAGGGCGGCAUAUUCAGGAGCAUGUGCGACCGCAGCGGGAUCCGGGCGGAAGACAUUAUGAACGCGUCCGCUGCUUUGGCCGUCGGUGCUGGUGACGCUGCCAUGACCAGUGGUGCGGUUGUGGACGAGGAGAAACAAGCUCUCGAGAUCUCUGAGAAGCAGUAG